AUGUCCAGAAUAGCGGCUCGGCUCCGUAAUCUGGUGGUGAGGCACAGAACGGUUAUUGAAAACCGCAAGACUGAUAAUACUUCGAAGCGCACCAAGGACAGUGCCUGGGAGAAGCUGACCGUGGAAUACAACAGCCAACCAGGUAUUCGUCGCGUCACAGUGAUGCAGCAGCGGAAGCUGUGGGACAAUGAAAAAUCCCAAUGUAUAAAGAAAGAUUCUGAAGAAAAGCGGGAUUUGUACGCAACAGAGGGUGGGCCACCUACCUGCCGGCCAAUGAGCUCAUCAUUGGCGCUUGUCGCGGCUGCCUCGCACAUUGGGACACGGCUCCCAAACCCCUACGACCGCGACGGAGCCCAUAUGAGCCAGCCCGUGCUGUCGCUACCAUCCGCGCGUACCUUCGAAGUUAUGGUGACAGGCAAUCAAGGCAGCAUGGACGAGUGGCUUGAAGGCAGAAUUGGCAGGAGCUACUACAAGAGCCCCUUUGUAGGAAACAAACAGCCUGCAGAGCUGUCCCCAUUUUAUGCAUUGAAGCACUUCCCGGGCAUUGUAUCGCCAUUUACGGAAGCACUGCAAGAGAUGGCGAGGAGUGAGGCAGAUUUAAUCAGCAUUGAAGCAGAACAAGAAGCCAGGCGGGUUUCACAGCUCGAAAAAAUUAUCCAGCUGCUUCCAGCACCUUGCAACGCCUUGCAUGUGCUGCAGAUAUCAGGCACCUACCCGAAGCUAAGUGUAGCAGCAAAGGAUUACGUACAACUCAUGACGCAAGAGCAGAAGGAGUUUUAUCAGACAAAUAUUGUCUGUGAGUCACUGUCAGACCUAUGUGUGGCCACCAUGGGCCAGUCAAGCUGUCUAAGGUGGCACAAAGAAAAGAAGUUUCGCAUAAGCAGUACCACUAGCCACACAAUACUCCAUGCCCGACGGAGCCCUGAGGAGGUUGCCAGGGCCAUCCUGAACUCAAGGCCAUUUUCUACAGAGGCCACGGCUUAUGGACUCCGUACAGAACCCCUGGCUCGGAUGGAGUUUGAGCGUCAACUAGGUGUUGAAGUUGUGGAGAUGGGUUUGCUCAUACACCCGGAUCAGCCUUGGCUGUGUGGCAGCCCUGAUGGCAUGUUCUACCUGUCUGGGGAAACAUGCCUUUUGGAAAUCAAGUGUCCCCACAAGUGUAAAGAAGCAGACAUGUUCGACAGCUCGGGAGAGAGCAUCCUAGACUACAUCCAGGGAACAGGCAGCAACCGAAGACUGAAGACGACGCACAGAUAUUUCACUCAAGUACAGAUAUUACUGUACUUGUUGAAUGUACAAAAGUGUUAUUUUUUUGUAUAUUCUAGCAGGCAAAAUGUCAUUAUUGAAGUCAGCAGGGAUGAUGCCUUUCUUUACGAGAGCAUCCCAGCCCUUGAAAGAUUUUAUUUUACUUACCUUCUGCCUGCUGCAGCUGCAGCAAAAUAA